AUUAAUUUUUGGACAAGUAUGAGCAAGGUCCUGCAUUCCAGUGGUGGGGGCGAGUUCAGACUGGGGCACCUGCAGGAACGAUGGCUUUCCAUGGAUGGAGGCAAUGUUGUGGCAAUUAGCAUGCCAGAAUGUGUAUAUGACAUCUCUGUGGCACAGAAUGGGGAUGCAAUGGAACCAAAGUACAACAAAAUGGAAAAUUUGGAAGACUACAACAAAGCAACCAAUUUCUCCACCCCAGUGUAUGACAAUAAAACAGGAUUAGAACCUGCUAAAUCCAUGAAAAUAAAAAAGGAUAUCACCAGUGGAGUAUUAGACAACCAGUCAUCAGAGAUCACAGUCCAUAUACCACAUAAAGAACUCUGUCCUUCACUUUCCAACUCUGAUGAAGAAUUGGAAUUCCUGUUUACUAAAUAA